AGGUUGGAAAACAGAUCAGAAAACUGAAUUAAAAAUAGAACAGUUUGGUUAAUAACUGAUCGAUCGGGAAUACUCAGAACUUCUGCUUCCUUGUUCCGUCUCAGCGGUCCUGAACGCCGCAAGGGAUGAUGGGAAAUGUAGCAACUUUGUAUUUUUCUUUUAGGAGUUUAACUCUGGGACGUCACACGGAAUGAGACGAAGACGAGUUUCUGGGUUUCAGGUGGGAUCAGAGGAAACACCUGGUGUUCGUUUCCAUGGAAACCACCUGAGCGGUUUGAUGUUUAACAGGUAAUAAGGAAGUGACCUUUGAUCUCAGCACAGACUUGGUUCCCAGAGGAUUGGACGGGAAGCGAAGCGGUUUGUUGUUGAACGUCUCUGUUGCUGUGGAUCUGUUGUCAGAAAACGACAGAAAACGACAAAAAACAACAGAAAAACAACAAAAAACGACAGAAAACAACAGAAAAACCACAGAACGGCGUCGACCUGCUGCUGGUCAGGAUGAAGCUGGACGUGAAAAUCGAGAUGCUGAAGUUUUGCUUCACAGUUUUAAACUCCGUCUUCCUGGUUCUGGGUCUGAGCGUUAUGGGCUGUGGAAUCUGGAUCCUCUUCGACUCUGGAAGCUUCCUGAAUGUCCUCUCCUCUGAGGAGCUGCAGGUGGUGGCAGCGGGUCUGUUUGUAAUCGGUGGAGUGGUGGCGCUGGUCAGCCUGACUGGGUGUACUGGAGCGGCCCUGGAGAAACGCUUCCUGCUGCUGGUGUACUUCUGCUUCCUCGUCGCCCUGGUCCUGGGUCAGCUGUACGUCACCGUCCUGCUGCUCCUGAACAGAAACAAGAUCGAUGGUAGUCUGGCUCAAACCGUGAAUGACAUCAUACGUCAGUAUGGAAAUAGCAGCAGCAGGGCCGACAGAAUCAUGGAUAACAUUCAGCAUUUUACUAAUUGCUGUGGAAUAAAUGGACCAGACGACUGGCUCAAGAACUCCUUCAUUCAAACUCUGAACCUGACAAGUCAGAACGUGCUGCCGUGUUCCUGUUUCCAGUCCUUUCAGCCUAGCAUAAACUCGUCCUGGUGCUUGGAAACCAAUAACACCGAUGAAAGGCUGCUUGGAACAGGAACUGGGAUUUUUAAUGAGAGCUGCAUUGAGAAGAUCAACCAAUGGCUGCAGGAGAACGUCAUAACCAUCGUUGCCAUGGCUGCAUUCCUCGUUUUAAUCCAGAUCAUCGGCCUUUUCAUCGCUGGAUCUCUGUUCCGCAUGUUUGGAGAAAAAGACCCUUUAAAGAAAAACAAGCGGCUCGUUGGUGAAGACGACGCCGACUCAGACUCCGAGCCCGAGCCUGAGCCCGACCCGGAUGGCGGGGAGCAGAACCACGCCUUCAUAGACCCGGAUGAAGGCGCUGCAGAACCAAACUACAGGACAGCUGGAGAUGCCAACAACAUGGCUGACCAGUACAACCAGAACCAGGAGCCAUUUCAUUACAACCAGAACCUAGAGUACCAGAACCAGAACCAAGGGUACACGCCUGCUGGAGAUGCCAACAACAUGACGUAUGACCAGUACAAUUACAACCAGAACCAGGGCUUCCAGGGCCAGAACCAGGGCUUCCAGGAGCCACUUAAUUUCAACCAGAACCAGGGUUACCAUGGUUACCAGGAGGCUAGUCAGCAUUAUUAAACAGACUCAAUGUUGUAAACAUAGCUAAAAUAGCUAAUUCAAAAUGAGCUAUUUUGUAUAAAAUCUAGUUUUUUUCCUGUAAAUGUUUUCUAUUUUUACAAAGUUUCCUGUACUGA